CAUUAUGUGGCAUGUGAGGCAAGGCACUCCAGCUCUGAGGAUUGUCGUGUUUUUCAGCUAAUUGUUUUGGUUGAUUCCCACAGCUCUCAUCAUGGUUUCCAGCAGCAGCUGGUUGCAGAUAAACCCGCUCCACUCUACCUGCUCAGCACCAAACAGCAGACAGAUUUUGUUCAUCCAAAAAAGAAGUUGCAGAAACACCCAUCAUCUGUCUUUAAAACGCAUCGUUUGCAGCUCAGCCCUGAACUCUGGAGAAUACACCACUGACUGACUCUAUAUCAGGAAAACGCCCCAUCUCUCUCCCCGUGCAGCCAGCCAGCCUCCUCCUCCUCCUCCAGCAGCAUCACAGCGAGCUCCGCGCGUCUCCAGCGCCACUCUGAUCCACACAGGGUGCUGCAGGAGGGCGCUCCGGUGGACGCGGACUUCACAGAGCCUUUACCUGUGUACCUCAACGAUAGAAAAAUAGGCUCGUCGCGACUAUAGGACGCAUAUUUCUUUCUGCGUAUUUCUUUCUUUGCGCACCUGGCUGGUCCGAGCGCGCACCGAGCGGAACAUCCGAUUCCGGAGCACUUCCUCCUCCUCACUUCACCUCACCUGCCUCCGCUACUUUGUCCUGUUUAACCUGAAGCCACGCGCCUCUGAGCCCGAGGGGACAUGUGGAGAGGCUUGGUGACCUCCUCCUCUGCAUCCCGGCUGGUCCUCCAGAGCGUCUGGCUGGAAGGGUAGCAGCAUGCCGAACAGGUACUGGAUCUGCGUGCGUGCAUGAAGAAGUAUCCAGGUGCAAAUCACCACCUCUGGCAGUCAUGAGGAACAGAGGGCUGAAGACGCAGUCCUGAAGAUUGAUGGAGGGCCAUGCUAUUCAAACAGCAGGCAUUGCUGAGACAGAAGCUCUUCGUUCUGGGCAGCCUCGCUAUCGGAAGUGUCCUCUAUCUCGUGGCCAGGGUCGGGACCUUGGAUAGGCUACAGCCCAUUUGCCCCAUUGAGAGCAGACUGCCCCCUCCUGAGCCCGAGCAGAUCCCUCUCCGCACACUGCAGUUUAAGCGCGGCCUGCUCCAUGAACUACGCAAGGGCAAUGCCACCAAAGAGCAAAUCCGCCUGCACAACCUGGUCCAGCAGCUGCCCCGGGCCAUCAUCAUCGGGGUGCGCAAGGGGGGCACCCGCGCCCUGCUGGAGAUGCUCAACCUGCAUCCGGCAGUGGUCAAGGCCUCGCAGGAGAUCCACUUCUUUGACAAUGACCAAAACUACGCCCGGGGCAUCGACUGGUACAGGGAGAAAAUGCCCUUCUCUUUCCCUCACCAGAUUACCAUUGAGAAGAGCCCCGCCUACUUCAUCACAGAGGAGGUCCCUGAACGCAUCUUCAAGAUGAACUCCUCCAUCAAGCUGCUGAUCAUCGUCCGCGAGCCCACCACCAGAGCUGUGUCCGACUACACGCAGGUGCUGGAGGGCAAGGAGCGCAAGAACAAGACCUACCACAAGUUUGAGAAGCUGGCCAUCGACUCCAACACCUGCGAGGUGAACACAAAGUACAAAGCGGUGCGGACCAGCAUCUACACCAAACACUUGGAGCGCUGGCUCAAGUACUUUCCCGUGGAGCAGUUCCACAUCGUGGACGGGGACCGCCUCAUCAUGGACCCGCUGCCAGAGCUGCAGCUCGUCGAGCGCUUCCUCAACCUCCCCUCGAGAAUCAGCCAGUACAACCUGUACUUCAACGCCACCAGGGGAUUUUACUGUCUGCGAUUUAACAUUGUCUUCAACAAGUGCCUGGCAGGCAGCAAGGGCCGCAUCCAUCCAGAUGUGGACCCGUCAGUGGUGACUAAACUGCAGAAGUUCUUUCACCCCUUCAAUCAGAAGUUUUACCAGAUCACUGGUAGGACAUUCAACUGGCCAUGAUGAGCGUUGGACUCCUCCAAUGAGAUUCCUUGGAUUUUUUUUUUUUAAAUGCCAAGCUAUGAGAUCUCAAAAAAAUAUUAAUAUAGCACUUUGAUUGAGUUUAAUACAAGAACGACAGUGUGACCAAAUAUAGAAGGGACUUGAUGUACGUUUGUUUUUACGUGUGUGAAAAUACAACAAAAAUAGUUUGAUGGUUUGACUAAAAGAUUCAGUUCAAAGCACUUGAUCUUUCAAAUGAAUUCACCUGUCUGUCAUUGUUCCCCGUAAAGAGGAAAAGAACAGCACUGAACUGUGUGAUUAACAGAAGAGAUUAUUUUUGUUGCUCUUUAAAAGACUAUCAAACACUGACAUUCAUGCUGUUAAGAUAAAGCUUUAAGUGUGAUGCUUUUCUCAUGAUAAAACACCUUAAAAAGAUGACUAAAUGACAUUUGGCAAGCAACAUAAUUGUUCAUUUGUUCCCCCAUCGUGUUGUUUAUUUGACCAAAACUGCAUGUGCAAUCAAGAUGCCAUUAUUAUAACAUCGUAGACUCUUGUAUUAGUUGUCUUUUGUUGUCUGAUCAUAAUGGUUUCCCACCACAUUUUCAUUUUUGAAUUCAUGCUGUGAUGAAUCCUUUUAGAAGGUGACCUCUUUUUAUUCUCAACACAGUCUGGAGAUCAGAACAGGCUCAUCAGAACAGGAUCAAUCUUGACUCAAACCAUAUCCAAAACCCUCAAAGCAUUUACGACUCAAACUUGUGUUUUUUAAUGUACCUAGGCUGUGUUGCGUACUCCCAGCCCCUACAGCUUUUUCAUUGGUUUGCGAACACCUGGCAAAAAAAGCCAUAGUGAGAAAAAAAAAAAAUGGUUGUCCUCUGAUGGUUGUUGUCAAACCAACUGUUUAUUCUAUGAUGAUUAGCAAGAGUUGUCUGUUUCUGUGCAAAUAUUCAUUCUGUAGCAUAAGUGUGUUGUUAAAAAAGGUUAAAUUAAAAGAACAUGUAAA